GAGCUAUAUAAUUAUCAUUACUUCACCAUCAUCUUCAACCUCCAUUCUUUUAUCUCAUUAUGAGCUUUUCUCUGGUAUUUAAGUUCCUGAUAUUUGCAGCUUUCAUAAGGAUUUCUUUUUUCCCCCAUGUAAGCUGCAAAAACUUUCAUCAUUUCAAUUUUUCCGACUUCCCUUAUGAACGCAUCAAUGAGCUCAGAAGGUUCGAUUCAGGCAUAAAUAAAUAUGCCAUACAAGUAACAUACGAUCUCAGCGGAGACCGUAUGAAUAAUCUAUCCGGACGAUCCUUCUACAGAGAUCCAUUUACUUUGUGGAGAAUAAAUGGAAAAAAAAACACCACUGCUACUUUCAGCACCACUUUUAAACUCAACAUCGCUAAUCAGUCUAAUCCUGGCGGCGAAGGCUUGGCUUUUAUAAUUACCGGUAAGCCUGAUCUUCCCAGGAACAGUGAAGGUCAAUGGCUGGGCAUUGUGAAUUCUAGUACCAAUGGAUCGUCCGAAGCACAAAUUGUUGCGGUUGAGUUUGACACCAGAAAGAGCUUUUCCGAAGAUAUUGAUGAUAAUCAUAUUGGCUUGAAUGUCAACAGUAUUUUCUCCAUGGAUCAAGUUCCUUUAAGCGUCAAGCUUUCCUCGGGUGAAAAUAUAACUGUGCGUGUUGAGUAUGAUGGAAAAAACAUGAUUGCUUUUGUGGGAUAUGGGUUGAUGGAGUUGAAUCAAGUGCUUUCUCAGAAUAUUGAUCUCUCUCAGUAUCUCCCAGAAAAGGUUUUUGUGGGCUUCUCAGCGUCAACAAGCAAUUUUGUCCAGUCGAAUUGUGUUUUAUCCUGGGAAUUUCAUGGUACGGAUAUUGAUAAAAAGAGAAAUCUAAAUUGGGUUUGGAUGGCGGUUGUAGUUGCUGUGGUUCUUCUUUUGUUAACCGGUGUGGGAUUUUGCCUGUAUAGAAGAAGAAAACAUGAACUCGAGGAGCUCAAGGAUGCAGAAGGAAUCGAGAGUCAUAUAAAUGACUUCACUAUGGCCCCGAAGAAGUUCAAACUGAGAGAGCUGAAGAAGGCAACAGGGAGAUUCAGCCCCAAGAACAAGCUGGGAAAAGGCGGAUUCGGAACUGUCUACAAGGGAACCUGGAAGAAUAGAGAGAUAGCAGUUAAACGAGUUUCGGAGACGUCAAGACAUGGCAAGCAAGAAUUCAUUGCAGAAGUUACAACAAUCGGCAGCCUGAGGCAUAGAAGCCUCGUCAAACUUAUUGGUUGGUGCUACGAGAAACAUGAGCUCCUUCUUGUGUACGAGUACAUGCCUAAUGGAAGCUUAGACAAGUUCAUAUUCGUUGACGAGAAGACAGGAUUGGAUGAAUCAACUCUGAAUUGGGAAACAAGAGUCAGCAUAAUCCAUGGAACUGCUCAGGCCCUGGAGUAUCUCCACAAUGGGUGUGAGAAAAGGGUGCUUCACAGAGAUAUCAAGGCAAGCAACAUAUUGCUCGAUUCAGAUUUCAAAGCGAGGUUGGGGGAUUUCGGGCUGGCACGAACGAUCCAGGAUCAGAAAACUCAUCACUCAACGAAUGAGAUCGCUGGAACUCCCGGAUACAUGGCGCCGGAGAUUUUCUUGACUGGUAGAGCCACAGUGGAAACAGAUGUUUAUGCGUUCGGGGUGCUGAUCAUGGAAGUUGUUUGCGGAAGGAAGCCUGGAAAUCAAUGUGAACAAAACAAUUAUAACAGCAGCAUUGUGCAUUGGCUCUGGGAGCUUCACCGUAAGGGGCGUAUUCUUGAUGCUGCGGAUUCAAAAUUGGAGGGGAAUUUUUCGGAGGAAGAAAUGGAGUAUAUUUUGAUUCUGGGCUUGGCUUGUUGCCAUCCGAAUCCUCAUCAGAGGCCAUCGAUGAAAUUGGUUUUGCAGGUUCUAUCGGGAGAGGCAACAGCACCAGAAGUGCCAACAGAGAGGCCUUCAUUUGUGUGGCCAGCCAUGCCUCCAUCCUUCAGUGAAUGGGAUCAAUCUCUUGCAGGAAGCCAACUUACUCCAUUUUCAGAAAUCACAGGGCGAUAGAAUUAUUGGUAUAGGAAGAUUAAUAGCUUAGUUUGACGUAUCAUGUAAAAUAUGGAAUUAUGAUG